UUUAGUAGCAUAUGGUUUACAUCAAAACUCUCUUCUACUUAACCUAGCAGUUUCCAUCAUUUAAGAUUUUCACUAGAGCUGACAUUUAACUGUCAGAAAGGCCCAGACAGGAUCUGAAAUAUCGGUGGCCUAAUUCGAUCCUCAGAGUCAAAACUUGGGCUAAACUUAAUUUUGAAAUUCCAAAAUUUUCAUGCAUAAUGAGCUCGGUCCACUAGUUUAAGUACACCUUUUUCUCCCGUCAACAGAAGCGGCGUCGUUUUAGAUUAAGUAAACCGAUCUUCCUCAUUACACAAAAACUUACCAAUCUCCCUCCAGGCAUAAAAACACCGGUGGACACCGCGCAUUUUGUUCCGUCCGCCCAGGGCUUAGGGUUUUUCCUCCACUCCCACCGAAACGGCGCUGUUUUACAUCGACGAUGUCGACCGAGCUGGCGAUUUCAACCGACAGAGUUCAGAAAUUCAUCGACGACCUCGAAGCCCACAAGACAAUCCUAUCGACAUGCACCCAAUUAUUUACAGCCCUAACCAAACAUUUCUCCUCCCUCCAAGAUUCCCUUUCGCAAAAAUCCCAAUCCCUAGACUCCAAAUUCCUCUCCCUUUCUUCCACUUCUUCCCAAACCCUAGAAUCCCUUUCCCUCCGCGAAUCCUCUAUCCCCGACCGCGAAUCCGCCGUCACUGCCCGCAUCGAAACCCAGAAAGAAUCCGCUUUAGCCGAAUUCCAGAACCCCAAUACCUCAGCCCAACUCUCCGAAUCAUUAAAAUCCCUUUCCCGCCGUAUGGACUCGAUGGGAUUAGUUAAAUUCAUAGUUUCCAAGAGAAAAGAAUCCGUUUCCUUACGAGCUGAGAUCUCCAAUGCCUUAUACGAAGCCGUUGACCCACCCAGGCUUGUUUUAGAAGCCGUCGACGACUUUGUUUCCCAGAAAAUUGGGAAGACGGGAGGUUUGACUGAUAAGAGAUGGGCAUGCGGAAUGUUGGUUCAGGCAUUGUUUCCAGACGCGAAUUGGAAGGGAAAAAAAGGGGAAGGGCCGGAGUUUGCAAGGAGCAUUGGAGAAAGGGCGGCAAAGGUGGUUGAGAAAUGGAAAGGGCAGUUGGAUGGGGAGGGAGAAGUAGUUGGGGCGGCAGAGGCAGUUAUGUUUUUGCAAAUGGUGGUUGGGUUUGAGUUGAAAGAGAGGUUUGAAGAAGGGUUUUUGAGGAAGUUGGUUGUGGAUUUUGCGUCGCGGAGGGAUAUGGCUAAGCUUGCUGCUGCUUUGGAGUUUGGUGAUAAAAUGGGAGAUAUUAUUGAUGAGCUAGUAAAGAAUGGUAAAGAGAUAGAGGCAGUGUACUUUGCCAUGGAGGCUGGCUUGACAGAAAGAUUUUCUCCUGUUUCUCUGCUCAAGUCCUAUCUCAGGAACUCCAAAAAGAAUGCCACCACUAUAUUGAAGAAUGAAAAUUAUAGUGCAGCUGCAACGCAGGAGGAGUCGAAUAAUGUGGAGCUGAAUUCAAUCAAAGCCAUCAUCAAAUGUGUUGAAGACCAUAAGCUUGAGUCAGAAUUCUCUGUUGAUAGCUUAAGAAAGCGAGCCACUCAGCUGGAGAAAGUCAAGGCAGAUAGGAGAAAGAGUUCAUCAGCCACUGGAAAGCCUCAAAAUAAGCGAGGCCAUAAUGCUGGUAGCAGCCGGGGCAGUGGACCAUCUGCUUUCCGUCCAGCUAAAGCAGCUAAAUUUUCAAAUUCCUAUCCCCCUUUCAGUCGUAGAAACCCAGCUUCCUCAGCACAGCAUAGUCCAGCUGCACGAUAUUCUGGACCAUAUAACUAUGCUGGCCAGAAUGUUUUUGAGGGUCCUACUGCGCCAUAUGCAGCAGCAUAUGGUGUGGCCCACUCUCAAAGUCCUGCUGCAGUUACUCAACAACACUACCCACACCCUGUGGAUAAUGUGGGUGCUGCUGGUUAUCGGAACAGCGGUGCUUUUGGGGGUCAAACUAGUUAUGGGGCAUAUGAUUAUGUCGCUGCGCCGCCAUCUGCAUACCAACCUUCAUCAUAUACCCAAUAGUGUGGAAGCCGCAACGUGGGCCAGGAAUUUUUUGUGUAAUCCCUGUAGGUGUCCUUGUAUUGAGAAGCCUUUCUUUUUCUUGUAGUCCCUUUUUUGGUUUUAAUAAAUAAUCAUCUUUUCUCAUCGAAGGUAAAGCUUGAAAUGGUUCAGAUACCUGAAAAUAGUAUGAAAAUGAAAUAUUAUGUAAUAAGAUUAGUGUGAAGGUACCUUUUUAAAAUA